AUGGCUGCAUCGAUACCUGCUAGUAGAAAGCUGUUAUGGCUGCGGAUCUGGGUCACUAACAGCGACCCCAAGGUAAUUGGCCGUUGGUAUUUGGAGUAUUUAUAUGAGGCUAGAAUUAUGCCUUCAAUGAUAAGGCUGGACAGAGGAACAGAGACCGGCACGAUGGCAACGAUACAUGCCUUCUUGCGAAGAAACCAUGAUGAUAUGGAUGACCCAUGUGAAUCGAUCAUUUACGGGCCAUCGACAUCAAAUCAAGUAAGCACUUAUUUGUUUGUGUACUUAUUUUAUGUAUCGGUUAAAAAGAAGUGUGAAUGCAACUGGAGUUGUCAUAUUAGGUUGCUUUUUCUAUGUUUUUCUUUGCAUUAUAGUGCAUAAUGGACCAUUUUUGAUAAUUUUUUUAAAGAUCGAGAGAUGGUGGAGGGGAACUCCACGAGAGAAUGGAAAAAUAUUUCAAGGAGCAACUCAACUGGUUAAAGGACCGAGGUCAUUAUAAUCCACAUAGUGAGAGAGACAGGUACAUAUAAUAAUUAUAGAAUAGACCUGAUAAAGACAUGGGGUUAGAGUGAACACAAUUUCUGCUUGUUUUAUUUGUCUAUUUUUUAAAAGCAAGGAAAAGGUUGACUUGAUCCUGGGAAGGUAGCCUGAGAGCAAGCUCAACCGGCCCUCUAGCAGCGGGCUGGAAAAGGAAGAAGAGCUUGCAACUACGUCUCUGGAAUUUGAAUUCCACCUCCAAUUCGUCUGUGGCUCCCUGUCGACUUAGCUGUCGUAUUUCCGCCAAUCAGCACUAUGUGGAAAUGAGUGCAAAUGUAAACAAAUACUAAGAAACACGUGCCAAGGGUAAUGACGUCUUUCAUAAUGUCAUUUCCACCAAUCAGCAUUUCGCAUCAACUUUUUCAAUGCAGAUAUUCAAAUUCCAGCGAUGUAGUUGUAAGCUCUCCUUCCUUUUCCCAGAGAGCUUGCUCGCAGGCUAUGUGGAGGUGUGGGGGAAAAUCCCAUUAUGAAGGGGCAGGGAUGCAUUGUUAUGUUGUUUGGGGUUGCAGAUUGCAUGUUUUGGUGACACUUAAAGCUGUCUAGAGUAUUCAUGAUGGAAUGCCUAUUUCACCUGGUCGGAUGUUACUUUAUGGUGUGUAAUAAAGAAACCAGAGGACUAAAAAAGGAAAGAAAAAGCCGAUUUUAUGACAAUGCCUUUAUCACACAUUAUUAAAAGUGAUUACUAUUAAUAUAUAGCUCUUAUUUGGUACUGUGCUUUAUUUUUAAUGUAUUUAAGGGAUCAAGUAAAGCUUGAGUCUAGCACUCAUGGGAGUCCCCCUCCCCAAGGGAAAUCUACUCAUGGUCUAAAAUUAAAGUCACAAACUUUUUAGGCAAAUUCCAAAUGUGUCAAGGAUAAUUAUUGACAAUAAAUAUUUGUCAAAAUAAACGUAUCUAUACAGUGUAAAACCUUUGAUGAAAUAAAUCUGUGUUAAUUUCUCCUGUCAGGAUGCUCUUGGCUUUUCUUCUCAUACCAGUAGUGCAGAAAGAACUAGAUCUGUUUAGGACAGUUGUAUGGAACAGUCACAAAAUAAGAACACAGAAAGAUACAGCUUUGCCAGAUGGAAUCCCUGAUCACAUUUAUAACUUUCCUGAAACAUAA